UAAGUGAGACAUAAUUAAUAUAUGAAGGCAGGAGAGUGUGACAGUGACCAGUCCGGCUCCGUGCGGACUAUGCGAGUACGCCCGGACCGCCCACCCCUGUCUAGUGUGUGUGCCCCAGUGGUUCCGCCCAGCUACAGAAAGCCGGUCCAUGGCAGCGUGUGUGUCUUCCUGGUGCGACCAGGUAGCAGCCCGGGAGAGAGCGGUGUGUGACGGCUGCGGUGCGAUGGGGGAGAAGGAGUCGGCGGCGCGGUAUAAGCGGUUUAUCUGCUCCUUCCCCGACUGCAGCGCCAACUAUAACAAGAGCUGGAAGCUGCAGGCUCAUCUGUGCAAGCACACGGGGGAGAAACCUUUUAUGUGCACAUACGAAGGAUGUGAUAAAGGCUUCACAAGUUUGUUUCACCUGACUCGGCAUUCUAUGACUCACAGCGGUGAGAAACCUUGCAAAUGUGAAUCGGAAGAUUGUAAUUUAAGAUUUACUACACCAGCUAAUAUGAAGAAACACUUUAAAAGGGCUCAUGCUGCUCCACAGCAGAUCUUUGUGUGUUAUUUCUCAGACUGUGGCAAAGAGUUCAGAAAACAUAACCAGCUGAAGGUCCAUCAGUACAUACAUACAAACCAGCAUCCAUUCAAAUGCACUCAUGAAGGAUGUGAGAGAAACUUCCAGACUUCUACUAAACUGAAGCGCCAUGAGAAAGUCCAUGCAGGUUACCCAUGCCAAAAAGGUGACCACUGUUCCUUUGUGGGAAAGACCUGGACAGACUACAUGAAACAUGUUACGGUUAGUCACUCGGAGCCAGCUAUCUGUGACGUGUGUAACCGAAAGUUUAAGAACAAGUCCUACCUGAAAGAUCACAAGCAAAGUCAUGAAGUGGAAAGAUUUUUCUAUCGCUGCCCGCGAGAAGGCUGUGCCCGGACUUACACUACAAAAUUCAAUCUUCAAAGCCACAUUGUUUCCUUCCAUGACAACCUACGGUCAUUUAUUUGUGAGCAUGCUGGCUGUGGAAAAGCAUUUGCAAUGAAGCAAAGUCUGGAGAGACAUGCGAAUACCCAUGACCCAGAGAAGAAAAAGAUGGAGAAGCCUCCACGUCCUAAGAGAUCUCUGUCUUCUCGCCUCUCUGGGUACAAGCCUAAGAAAUCAAAGAAAAAGUCCUCGAAGAAAAAAAUAUCUCUUCCAGAUUCAGUUACAGAAAAGCCCCCAGAGGCCACGGUUUCAGAGGAGGCUGUCAAACUGCAAAAGCUGAGCCUGAAAUAACGAUUAUAAUCGUAAAGCAGAAUUUAUAUUUUAUGUUAAAACUGCCUCACUCUAAUUAGCCCAUUUUUGUGGGUGUCUUCUAAUGGAGGUUUCCAAUAUGUUUGGCUUAUAUUAUGUUGUGUUUUUGUUUGAGUCGGGUUAUUUUAUUUGGUCUGUCAUGAGUUUUGUUUAAUUGUUUUGUUUGUUUUGUUUGUUUUUUGUUGCAUUUUGAGUCAUUCAUUUGUACUCAUUCAGGCAUUAUUUAGCAAUGCAGGGUAACUGGACAAAAUACCUUUUUCUUCAUGCUGUAUUAAAGAGUUAAAGCAGA